AUGGUCACAUAUAUGCAAGGAACUUGGUCAAGGGGUCAAAGUAUUACUCAGGCGCCAGAUGCCGUCGACCGGUUCCAACGAUUAAGUCCCCCUAUUUUUCGAGGAAGGGCAAGCGUUGACCCGAGCGAAAGUGAGUAUUGGAUAGAGCAACUCGAGAAGAUUUUUGACUUUAUUGGAUGUGAGGAAGGGGAGAAAGUAGUUUGUGCCACUUUCAUGCUUCGAGAUGAGGCGGACCAUUGGUGGCGAAUGAUGCAAAGGACUUUGCCUGGCCCUACAAGACAAGGUAUGCCAGUUGUCACAUGGACUCAGUUUAAGGAAUUAUUUUACACUAAGUAUUUUCCUUUAUGCAAAAAGUUGGAAAAGAGCCGAGAAUUUAUGAAUUUGAAACAGACUGGAGAUAUGUCAGUCGCACAGUAUGAAGAUAGUUUUUCUCGAUUAAUUAAAUACAUGUUUGUUUAUAAUUUGGAUGAAGAGGCAAAAUCUCAGAAAUUUCUUGAUGAGUUAAGACUUGAGAUACAACUGGCAUUAUGUUCCUUAGGGGACCGUACUUACGCAGAGGUUGUUAUGCAAGCUUUAACGGUUGAAAGUAACCUUGUUGGAAUGAAUGCUUUAAAGGCAGAAGUGCAGGAACCCGAGGACAAGAACGUGGGAAUGAAGCAUCACUUAGGAGUCUGA